AUGGAAGGAGGUGCUUUGUUAGGAUUUGAUCAAAACAUGAAUUACGGUGCAAAUCUAUAUAAUGAUCGAAUGGCUUCGAUGAGGUGGCCUUAUCCGCAUCUAGACCAUCGAUCAAAGCUUCAUGAUCCAGCUCUUCACCGCAUACUCCACAAGACUUAUAGAGAACUGUUUGAGUGG